AAAUUCUUCACAAAAGUGCGUAGCCGGUCUAACAACCCAAGCAAAAACGUGGCCUAAAGUUAUCGGUAUCGGUAUAGUUUUGUAUUUCGCAAUCGAAGUC